CUAGGACACAGGGUGUUCCCCUCUCUCUACUGCCUGUAAGUGUGGAGCCUUCGCCUCAGCUGAGCUGCUCUUGAAGUAUGGUGCCAACCCAAAUGGCUGCAAAAAUGGGAGGCAUCGUCCUCUGGUGGAAGCCAGUGCUCAGGGACACAUGGGACUAGUUAAUGCAUUGCUAAAAUGUAAAGCAGAUGUGAAUGCAACUGCCCAGGAUGGCUACACUGCACUUCUUCAAGCCUGUAAAAAGAACCACUGGUACUUGGCACAAGUACUCAUUAAUGAAGGAGCUGAUGUGAACAAGUGUACAUCUUUCCAGUCAGGAGCACUGGAUGGUAUAGUGGAGCUGACUCCACUAGCCCAGGCAGCUGCCAAGGGUCUCAAUGCUAUGGUCAAAUUACUUCUUGACAGCGGAGCUAAUAUCAACUACUUCUGUUCUGAUACACUGCCAGCUCUUGGAUUCACAAUCAUUGGUGACCACAUCGAGACAUUUCACCUGCUCUUAAGCAGUCCAAACCUCGUGAAGACACUGGCAGGGCGAUCAUCGGUCAUUAUUACCUCUGUCAGACAGAUGAAUACUAUUACACGAAAGCUGCUUGAGAUUCUUGGAGGACCGCUGUGAUCCAAGCCCAACAGGACCACUUACAGUUGCUUGUGGAAAACAUUGCGGCGUACAGCGGGCUACAACUCAUCCUGACCUGAGAGAGGUGGAAUCUAUUCUCUUGGUUCCAACUCUACCCGAUCAGCUAGACAAUUAGAGUCUUGGUCCAGGAGAGCAGGAGAAGAUUAAGUAUGUCCUGAUACAGACUUCUGUCAGGAUCUGUGUUGUCUGCAAUCCUUAUAGCCCUGAGGUGCAUAUCAGUAGAAUCUGAUUGGGAUAGCUCAAGCUACAGAAACGUAGCUGUGCUAAUUUUCUCCAACGAACAUUGUCGGCCCAAUGGUGGACGAAGAACUGCAGCAGAAAUUUUCUUACGAAAUUUUUAAUGGGAGAGGCCAUCUCCACUGCGCUUCCUAAGUGAGAACAGGUUCUCAAGUUGGACAUAUUUCAGAUCGAGGUGUUGAAGUUUCAUCCUGAUGAUUCUGAUAUCUUUUACAAGGACCUGGUUUGGACCUUUCAACAUAUGAGUGGAGGGCUAACCUUCCUGAUCGUGUUGAACCAAUGCUAAAACAGCUCUUCAGUGCAAGGUUCACUCCCACAACUUCAUUUCAGUUAGGAACACACAGUGGAAUAGAAUCUCGAUCGCCGUUGGAAAAGACAGGUAGACUUGUGAGGGACCAACCUCUGCCUAGAGAAGAGAGCAAGAGCGAGAACAUUCUAUCGGAGAAUAUGAGAAACAAUCUUCCGAACCGGUCUCGGCGCUAUACUAAUGACAAUGCAAGAUCCAGGGCGAUGAAGCUGGUUCAUGUUAAAGAGAUCAAUACUAAAUUUUUGCCUGUGUCUGCCUUCCCUCAAUCCAAGUCUGCUGCUAUUGCUAAUUCUGAUGAUGCCACUCUGCCUAUGUAUCAUCGUUUUGCUUCCUUGAUGUCUCCACCUGUGUCUUCUUUUCAAUACCAAUCUGGCACUGGUACAGAUUCUAGUAGAUCCUCAUCAUUGGCUACAGGAAGCAGCUACAAUCCUGAUUCAGCAAUUGGUUCACCUGGACCAACACCUCCUUCGUCAAGGCCUCAAGGCAAUCCUGGAGAAGGAGAUUGUUCAUAUCUUCCAAACACCACAGUUGAACCAACUGGUGUAUCACUAGGUGAAGGUGCUUAUGGUGAAGUAUGCGAGGUUUCAUACAAGGGAAACAUAUAUGCAGCCAAGAAGUACAAAAUAUCAAAAAAGGAAGAACUAAUUAAUUUGCAUAAGAGGCUCAAGGCUUUUAUUCAGGAGGUCCAAAUCCCCUUACUAAUCAGCCAUCCCAAUAUCGUGCCUUACUGUGGAGUGUGCAGAUUAAAAGGAGAUGGAGACAACCAGGUCAUUGUAAUGGAAAGAAUGGACAAAAACCUAACUGAAUACCUAAAAGAAGGUUUGAUUACCUUGGAUAAAAAAUUCCGAAUGUUGCUUCAUGUUGCAAAAGGACUGCAACACCUUCAUCAG